GGGGCAGGAUGCUCCAGAGAGGGAAUUUCACGGGGUGAGAUGGAUGAUGGGCAGCAGCAGCACCGGGGAGAGAGAGGGGGAGGAACAGCAGAAUCCAGAGCCGGGGAGUCCGGGACGGGAAGGGGGAGAAGGAGGGAGAUUGGCUCCUGCUGAGGAACAGAAUGAUUUUCCCUUCUCCCUCUUGAACUCUAAAACUUGACACAUCAGAGCACUGUGGAUUUAUGCUUUUACAGAUCACUGUAGUCCAGACUUUGAAAUAAAAGCAGCUGUGGAGCUCUAGGAGGGAUGCUCUAUACAGAGUUCAUUAAUAAGGCACUUCACUGGACAUGAGUGGGAUGGGAUCAGAUCACAACAAUUCUUCCCAGGAAGAAUACAUCCCACACAAUCUCCAAAAGGAAGAUCCCUUUGCAUCAAAGCUCUCUAGAGAAGCUGACAUCAUAGCUGGCUUUUAUUUGACAAUAAUUGGGAUCCUUUCAACUUUGGGAAAUGGGUAUGUUAUUUUUAUGUCCUCAAAGCGAAAAAAGAAGCUGAGACCUGCUGAGAUAAUGACUGUUAAUUUAGCAGUGUGUGAUCUGGGCAUUUCAGUUGUAGGCAAACCCUUCAGCAUCAUCUCCUUCUUUUCCCACCGCUGGGUGUUCGGGUGGAUAGGCUGCCGCUGGUAUGGGUGGGCUGGUUUCUUCUUUGGCUGUGGGAGCCUCAUCACCAUGACAGCUGUCAGCCUGGACAGGUACCUGAAAAUCUGCCACUUGUCCUAUGGUACCUGGCUUAAGAGGCAUCACGCAUUUAUCUGCCUGGCUAUAAUCUGGGCCUAUGCUUCGUUCUGGGCCACAGUGCCUUUUGCUGGGGUGGGGAGCUACGCCCCCGAGCCCUUCGGGACCUCCUGCACUCUGGACUGGUGGCUGGCACAGGCUUCAGUGGCUGGACAGGUUUUUGUUCUGAGCAUCCUUUUCUUCUGCCUCCUGUUCCCAACUGCGGUCAUUGUGUUUUCCUACGUCAAAAUAAUUUUAAAAGUCAAAUCAUCCACCAAAGAAGUUUCUCACUACGAUACCAGGAUUCAGAACAGCCACAUACUUGAAAUGAAGCUGACCAAGGUGGCAAUGUUGAUCUGCGCAGGGUUCCUCAUUGCCUGGAUCCCUUACGCCGUGGUCUCGGUCUGGUCAGCCUUUGGACGGCCAGACUCGGUCCCCAUCCAGUUCUCAGUGGUACCAACACUGCUUGCAAAGUCAGCAGCCAUGUACAACCCCAUCAUUUACCAGGUCAUCGACUGCAAGUUUGCCUGCUGCCGGCCGGGAGGGCUGAAGGCCAAGAGCUCUUUGAAGAAAUCAAGGCAAAGUUUGUGCUGCAUACCUGUGGAAUUCCUGAAAACACUAAUUAUGCACUUGGAGGAAAAGUAUUUUGUUCUAUAUAAUAUAAAAGGACAUACACGAUAUCUGCACACGGGGACUCCACAGCCAUGA